UUGGCCAUACUCUCUCUCUCUCUCUCUCUCUCAGAUGGGAAAAAGCACAGCUUCUGAUGUUUCCAUGGCGCCAACGGCAACAGAGAGGCCUCGAAGGAACAAAUACGCAUUUGCAUGCACCAUGCUAGCUUCCAUGGCUUCAAUUCUCUUGGGUUAUGAUAUAUCGGUAAUUAGUGGAGCCGCACUGUUCAUCAAGGAUGAUCUUAAGCUGAGUGAUACAAAGAUAGAAAUAUUGAUGGGGAUUCUCAGUCUCUAUUCUCUCAUUGGGUCUGCCCUUGCCGGAAGAACAUCCGAUUGGAUUGGCCGGCGAUACACACUCAUCCUUGCCGCCAUGAUCUUUUUUGUGGGCGCAUUAGUGAUGGGCCUUGCACCUAAUUACGCAACCCUCAUGGUCGGAAGGUUUGUGGCCGGGAUCGGUGUGGGCUAUGCCCUUAUGAUCGCUCCGGUCUACACUGCUGAGGUUGCACCCGCCUCAUGUCGAGGCUUCCUCACCUCCUUCCCAGAAGUUUUCAUCAAUGUAGGAAUCUUGAUUGGAUACAUAUCAAAUUUUGCCUUUGCCAAGCUCCCAGAGCACCUCAGUUGGAGAUUGAUGCUUGGGGUCGGAGUGGUGCCGCCCAUCUUCUUAGUCAUUGGAGCACUUGCUAUGCCAGAAUCACCACGAUGGCUGGUCAUGCAAGGACGGCUUGGUGAAGCAAGAAAGGUACUGGCCAAGACCUCUGAUAGUGAGGAAGAGUCCGAAAUCCGGCUCUCGGAUAUCAAGGAAGCAGUAGGAAUCCCCAAGCAUUGCACGGAUGAUGUCGUCCAAGUAUCUAAACGUAGUCAUGGGGAAGGUGUGUGGAAGGAGCUGUUGAUUAGGCCAACACCAUCCAUCCGUAGGAUCCUAAUUGCAGCAAUUGGGAUCCAUUUCUUUCAACAAGCUUCUGGCAUCAGUGUUGUGGUCCUCUAUAGCCCUAAAAUAUUUCAGAAGGCCGGAAUUAAGACAAGGAAGGGCCUUCUAGGAGCAACCGUAGCCGUUGGAUUUACCAAAACUAUCUUCAUCUUGGUUGCAACAUUCCUUCUGGACAAGAUCGGAAGGCGGCCACUCCUACUGAGUAGUUCGUUUGGCAUGAUCAUGUCGCUCUUGGGAUUAGGGUUUGGUUUGACGAUGGUCAAUCAUAAUACUGAAAAGAAGCGCGUCUGGGCGAUCGACCUCUGCAUCGCGACGGUCCUAUCUUUCGUGGGAUCGUUCUCGAUCGGGAUGGGUCCACUCCCAUGGGUGUACAGUCCAGAGAUCUUACCGAUGAAGCUGCGAGCUCAGGGCAUGAGCUUGGCAGUGGCGGCGAACUGUGUAACGAGCGGCGUUAUCUCAAUGACAUUCCUAUCAUUGUCCAAAGCCAUCACUAUCGGUGGGACCUUCUUCCUGUUUGCCGGAUUCGCGACAUUGUCGUGGAUCUUCUUCUACACCUUCUUGCCGGAGACUCGAGGAAGAACCCUUGAAGAGAUGGAGAACCUCUUUUUUAAGCCUAAGGAUGAAAAGGACGGAAACAAUCAACAUGUUGAGUUAUUAGGGAAUGGUAGAGGAGCAAUCAGCGGUCGUGAUCAGCUGUGAGGGAACCAAGCUUGUUAAGUGGGCCGACUACUACAAAUACCCCUCAGACUUUGAUUAGCAUAGCAAUUCCCAAAAACAAGACAGGACUCCGAUAAAAAGCACUUCUACAAAAAUGUAACUGAGAAUGGGUGAGAAUACUCAAUCUAGUGCACUUACAUCACACGUGGAAAAUUGAACUCGUGUUUAAGAUCGGAGUCGCUCAUCAAGUUAUCCCUACUUUUCAAAUAACAACAUUAAAAACUAUUCCUUGUUAUCAUCCGGUGAAUUGUACACGCAGCAAUCAUCUGUACCGUUAUUCGGAUUUCUCUUCAUGGAUAUAGUACAAUUCGUGCAUGCGUUUCAUCGA